GAAGGGGUCACUCUGAGGCAUGCAAGAGGCAGCAGUGCUGCCAGCAGGGGGGAAGAGACAGCCAAAUGAGAUUGGCUUUAUGGGCUGCAGCAACAGCAGCAGAUUAAAUGAAGGGAGAGCUGGCGCUGAGAGACCAGGAACUGGGGCACUUGCACGUCACGGUGGCUUUGACUGAAGUGUAAGGUUCGUUUGUGGUAAUCCAGAUUGCUCGAUUGUGAGGUUGGGCGUAUGUCCGCACACGUUUUUGUACCAUAGGAAGGACAGGGAAAAAACCUAGCCUUUGCCCCCUGUUCUUAGGGCUGCUUGCUCUCCAGACAGAAGAUGCCAACAAAUGGGAUCCACCAGGUCUUGAAGAUCCAGUUUGGCUUAAUCAAUUCUGAUAACCGGUACCUGACGGCAGAGAGCUUUGGCUAUAAGGUGAAUGCUUCUGCACUUAGCCUGAAAAGAAAGCAAAUAUGGACCCUGGAGCAGGACGGAGACAGUUCUGUGGUCUUCUUGAAGAGCCACCUAGGUAGGUACUUAUCUGCUGACAAGGAUGGCAAGGUCUCCUGCGAGGCCGAGAAGCCAGGAAGUGAUGGGCGUUUUGUAAUUGUCACUCAGUCAGAUGGGCGCUGGGCUCUCCAGUCAGAACCGUACAAGCGUUUCUUUGGUGGCUCUGAAGAUCGGUUGUCCUGCUUUGCCCAAUCCAUCACUGAAGUGGAGCUCUGGGCUGUACACUUGGCCAUCCACCCACAAGCAAAUCUUCUGAGUGUUAGCAGGAGAAGAUAUGCGCACCUCAGUGCCCAAGAGGAUGAGAUCUCCACCGACAGCAACAUCCCCUGGGGGGUGGACUCCCUCAUCACGCUUACCUUCCAAAACAAGAAGUACUGCUUGCGAACCUGUGAUAACCGCUACCUGCGUAAUGAUGGCACCCUGGUCAAGGAGCCUGACUCUCGUGCAGGCUACACCCUGGAAUUCAAGGCAGGCAAGCUGGCCUUCAAGGAUUGUGAUGGGAAGUACCUGGCACCCAUGGGACCUACUGGCACUCUAAAAUCGGGCAGGAGCUCCAAGCCGGGCAAAGACGAACUCUUCGAUCUGGAAGAGAGCCACCCACAAGUAGUAUUCAUGGCCUCCAAUGGCAGAUAUGUCUCCAUCAGGCAAGGUGUCAACGUCUCAGCCAAUCAGGAUGAAGAGACACACCAUGAAACCUUCCAGAUGCAGAUUGACAAAGAAACCAAGAAGUGUAUCUUCCAUUCCAACACAGGCAACUAUUGGACUUUGGUGUCACACGGGGGGAUUCAAGCUAUAGCUACUGAAGUAUCUGCCAGCACUAUGUUUGACAUUGAGUGGCGUGGCCGCCGCAUAGCCCUCAAAGCUGGCAAUGGCAAAUAUAUCUGCACCAAGAAGAAUGGACAACUGGCAGCAGUCAGUGACGCAAUCGGGGAGGAUGAGGAAUUUGUUCUCAAGCUGAUUAACCGGCCCAUCCUUGUACUUCGUGGGACCCAUGGCUUUGUGUGCUACCAUCGCAACUCCAACUUGUUGGAUGCCAACCGUUCUGUCUAUGAUGUCUUCCAUAUCAUCUUCAAUGAUGGUGCUUAUCAGAUCAAAGGCCUUGGCGGCAGGUUCUGGUAUGUGGCCAGCAAUGGCACAGUGUGCAGCGAUGGCGAGAUGUCCGAGGAUUUCUUUUUCGAGUUCCGCGAGUGCAGCCGUGUGGCCAUUAAAGGGAAGAAUGGCAAAUACCUCAGAGGAGACCAAGCUGGAACCCUCCGUGCAGAUGCUGAGACCUUGCACCGCGCCACGCUCUGGGAGUACUGAGCCCCUGCCUACCACGCCUGCCACGUAGCACCUUAGAAAUGCUCUAGGGCCCCGCUCAUGGGGGGCCAAGACAGAUCACGGUGGACAGAGGGAUGGAGUAGAGGGGACAUGUAGUGCUCCCCACAUGGACUCCAUAAUGGUUUAUAAUAUUCCCAGCACCCCCAUACGGUUGGGGAGACCUGGGCUAUUCCCUUUUGCCCUGUUCCCUUUAGUCAUUUAUCUCUAGCUUUAGAAGCUGUUUCCAAAUAAAACUUCAUGGGAGGGAGACAACUGUCAGGAUUAAAGCAUUAGAAACCCCAUGUCAGAGCCAACACAAUAUGCCUACGGCUAGCUUCUCUGCUCCCACCACUUUGCCCAUCCUCGUCUCCUGGAAGUGUCAUGUGUUACGAAGCUGCCAGUUUCCUCCUUGAUGCUGUUGAAACUCCAGAUAAUUUGCUGUGACACAUAGGUGUCAUCUGCCCUGCAUCUCAGGCUAGGGAGGCUGGGGUGGGGGAGGAGGACACUUACAGGUUCCUGGAGGUGUUGUCAGUGUGGGAAUCCAACUUGUGCUGGUCUUCAGGAUUUGCUUCAGAGCCUGUCUAAAGGUGCAAAAGAAGAAGUGGCAAACAUCAGGGAGCACCAACAGAAUCCACAGGGAAGGGGCGGUGUGUGUGUGUGGGAUAUAUCUCCAAGUUCUCAAUGGAUGGCUGUUUUUAAUUUGGAAAAGGCCUUGCUGGCCUUCACACACAGCCCAAAUUUGUUGACUGCUCUUAAGAGUAAUAAACACCUUAUUCCCUCACCUGCACAUUCUCUAUCGCUUCCACAAAUAACCUAAAGUGGAGGAAGGAAGCUGCCUCAAUAGAGUUUCCUGUUCUAUGUGCUCCCUCCCCCCUCCCUGCUAUAGACAUAAUUUCCCAUAUUGAAUAUCCUCCAAUGGUCCCAAUUUGGCACAGACAAUCCCAAUUAAUCCUGCUCUGUCCCACUUUUUUUGUCCUCAGCUCGCUUCAACUGCUGCAAACAGAAUUCAUAAUACAAAAGCAAUUUGUACUCGCAUAACUCUGUAGAAGGGAGAGGAAAUGAGGGGUCAGAAACCUGUCCUCCCUGGUCAUUCCUGACAAAAGCAAAACUACUGCAGCUUCUUCUCCUGGUGUGUGUAUUCUUCCUCAUUAAUAUUUUGCCAUCAUUACCACACUCUAAUAUGGCUCGGCCACACGUGCACUGUUUUCAUCUACUUGAAUGUUGGGGGGUGCCUGAUCUUCCUUUUCUCACAGUCCUGGCAAGAGAGAAAUCUUGGUUCCAGGAUGAUGGGCCUGAACAAGCAAAGCACUGCGAACAUUUGCAAACUUGUUUUUAGAUUUCUGCGCAUUGUGCACAGUUUGCUUUCUAGAAGGCACCUCCAGUCUAAAUAUUCCUCUUGAUAUUAAAGUGGUGCUAGCCCUGAUCUAGUACCAAAGCUACAUGUCCUCCCAUAGAAUACCUUGGAGGCAGGACAACUUUCUUGGGAUAGGCAGGGAGGCUUUUAUCAUAUUUUUAAUUUAAUGUAUUAAAUAUUUAAUAUGACUGUGACUAUGAUCAUCAUUAAAAAUAAGAGAUAUACACACAGACUCCUGUUCUGGUGUGGGAGAACUCAUAGCUUUCAAAUAUAAAUGGUUGAUAUUCUAGUGUUCCACAAAUACAAGGAAAACAACAGUCUCAUAGGCCUUUGGCACUUCCACCCAAGAACAGAGCUUGAAGAGAGAGAGAGAAGGGGGGAGGGAGGGAGGGAGAUUGAAGCAAAACUGCAUACUGAGGUAGUCUGUGAAAAUAUCCAUAUAACUGGAUCACAUCUGCACUUUACACAUUACUGCUGUAGUUGUCACAGUGACCAUAAAGUAGAAUGCUUGGGUAAAUCACACAUAGAGGCUUUUAUUGUAUUGAAUAUUUGACUUUUGUAUAUGCUGCUCUGAAAUUGGGGUGGAUUUUUUUGGAUGAUGGCACAGUGUAUAAUGUUUUAAAAUAAAUAAAUUAAGAAAAUAGAUAGAGCUUUACAGUGCACAGGUUCUUGAAAAGCUUUGGGGAAUACCUUGUUUACCAUGCUAUCAUCCAGCACAAGAUGGUAGAGCUUCUCUCCUAGGCAGUUAGUUCUUAUGGGACCUUAACAAAGUUUUGGAUUUCCAGUGUGAGCACCAGUAUCAGCCCUUUAAGCCUAACAACAACAGCAAACAACAACAACAAUUUCUUACUGAUCUCUCUUCGAUAAAGUCAAAGUUCUCCUAGGCUUCGAAGAUAUGAUCAGAGAGCCUGCUGAGGCAGGAACACUUGUUAUAAAAUCAUCUGCCUCACUUGAAUGUCCAUGGGGAAUUGUGAUGUGGCUCAUAAAUGGAACUUUGAAAGAGGAGACCAAGGGCCUGGUUCUUGCAGCCAAGAACAAGCCAUUAGAACAAAUGCCAUCAAAGCCAGAAUUGAAAAGUCGAGGACAGAUCCCAAGUGUAGACUCUGCAAGGAAGCAGAUGAAAUGAUGGUUCAGAUCCUCAGCUGCUGCAAGAAGAUUGUGCAGACAAACUACAAGCAGAGGCAUAAUACCAUUGCUCAAAUGAUCAAUCAGAACUUGUGCCACAAAUACCACCGACCUGUGACAAAGAACUGGUGAGAUCACAAGCCUGAAAAGGUUACAGAAAAUGACAAUGCCAAACUACUCUGGGACUUCCAAAUUCAGACUGACAGAGUUUUGGAGCACAAUACUCCCGACUUCACGAUCGUGUUAAAAAUGAAGUAUGGAUCGUCAAUUUUGCAAUCCCAUGCACAGCAAGAUUGAUGAGAAGCAACUGGAAAAGCUUACACAAUACAAGGAUUUAAAGAUGGAACUGCAAAGACUCUGGCACAAGCCAGUAAAGGUGGUCCCAGUGGUGAUCAGCACACUGGGUGCAGUGCCUAAAGACCUUGGCUUGCAUUUAAACACAAUCAGUGCUGACAAAAUUAUCAUCUGCCAGCUGCAGAAGGCCACCCUACUCGGAUCUGCACGCAUUAUUUGCCGAUACAUCACACAGUCCUAGACCCUUGGAAAGUGUCCGACGUGUGAUCCAGUACAACAGCCAGCAUGGUGAUCUUGUUUGCUGUGUACUAAUCUUGUUGUGUAUCAAAUAAUAAAUAAGAAUAUUUUCUUA